AUGCCGAUUCCCAAUCUGUUACUGCUUCAACACAUGCGUGAUGCCCGAAUUACAAAACUAGGGACUAGCUUCGAGGAAUCUCUUGUCGAGGCGGUGAAGGGACAAGAUGCCAUUGUCUCCACCGUUAGUGGCGAGGCUAUUACUUCACAGAAGCUGUUCAUCGAUGCCGCAAUUACCGCUCAAGUCAAACGAUUCAUCCCGUCUGAGUUUGGGGUCAACACCCGUGAAGCACGGGGCACAAAGUUUGGUCAAUUUGUUGCGCCAAAGAUUGCCGACGUUGAUUAUCUUAUUGAGCUCUCAAACAAGUAUAGCUGGUCCUCGUGGACUCGUAUAGCCACUGGUGCUUUCUUUGACUGGGGUCUCAAAAACGGCUUUUUCGGAUUCGACCUCAAGAACAAGAGCUGCCAGAUCUAUGACUCUGGCAAUGAACCAUUCUCCGGUACCAAUCUUGCCUUUAUCGGCAAGUGUGUUGCCGCUUCAUUGGCCAAGCCUGAAGCCACUGCCAACAAGUACUUAACCAUAGCCUCUUUUACAAUUACUCAGAAUGAGGUGAAAAAGGUGAUUGAAGAGGAGAUAGGCUCUGAGCUCAUUGUGACGAAUGUCAAGACUUCAGACCUGGAGAAAAUUGGGCAAGAGAAGCUUGCGAACAAUGAUCCCAGCGCUUUUGUAGAGUAUCUGAGCCAGUAUGUCUUUGCGGACGGUACUGGGCAGGCUUUUACGGAGAAUGCUGCCGUCACAGUGCUUGGCUUACAGGAGGAGAGUCUUAGAGAGACUGUUAGGGCAGCGAUUGCAGCCACACAGUAG